CCUAGUUCUGUCGCCUAACAAAACCGAUCCAGUCUGAUUGAAACCAAACGAAAAAGGACCGCGCUUCUUGGUGACCACUCGGAAUUCUAAUGUUUUAAUUCAAGUGCUCAGUGUUGCCAGUUUUGAUGGCGAUUCAAUAAUAUUUUGGUAGGUUAACACAUGCCGAAAGUGUUGUAAUGUUGAUGUUGUGAUCUAAAUAUUGGCGAUCGCAAAAUGUUUCAAAAACAACAAAUUUUAUGGUUCACGAUAUCCCUUUUUGUCGUAUGCGAACCGAAACAAUGUGACCAGACACCCCCGCAAGCAUCAGUACAAGAGCCGAGCGAAAAUAAAGGGACAUUCAAAAUGAUUAUAGAGACCAAAAUGCAAAACCUAUCCUACUUACCGGAUCAGACAUACGUUGUGACCCUCAUGUCGACGAGUGCCUUGCAUCCGUUCAGAUGGUUCAUGAUAACUGCCGAAGACCCAGACAUGGACAACAGUACCCAUGGGGUCACAUCACCACCAGUGGACGUGGGCAGGUUGAAAACCUUGGACACAGAGACGGGGAGAAAGUCAAGGUACAGCGAAAGGUGUUUCAAUUCCGUGGAGAAUAUGGACAAUUCCGACAAGUACAGAGUGGAUAUUCACUGGAUCUCACCGAAGCAGAAUGACAAAAAAUCCAAACAAAAAGUCCGUCUAAGGGCAAUGGUGGCAGAAAACGAAGAGGUCUGGUACAUGAAUGAUGAACAUCUGGUGAUACUUCUUCAUAAAGACAACCGUCCUCCCAUAGAUAGCCCGCCUACCACGCCCGUCGAAGUCUGCAAUCUGUGCAGUGAAGCCAGAUAUGAGGUGAUUUUCAACGGCAAGUGGUCUAGAGUGUCCCACCCCCACCAGUACCCCAGUAAACCUGAUGAAAACGGCUACACCCACAUGGUUGGUGCGUCCCACUCGGCGUACUACGUGCUAUGGCAGCAGGGUGUAGAAGCCAGCGAUGGACUCAUCCAACUGGUGGUCAACGCUGACCCUACGGUACUGGAACGAGAAAUUAUUGAAAAGAUGUCGGAAAAGAAUGGAACCCGUACGCUAAUAAGGGGUAAGAGACGGCACCACCCUUACAUGUUCGAAGCAUCUCACUCCCUCUUCAGGGUGGACAGGUUCCACCACCAGUUCUCCAUAGUGGUGGGGAUGAGGCCGUCACCUGAUUGGUUCCUGGGCACUUCCAAUUUCGAGCUGUGCACUCCCGAUGGUUGGUUCAGCAACGCCAGGAUACCACUUUACCCUUGGGAUGCGGGUGUAAUGGACGGAGUGUCAUACGAGUCACAAACAGCAGUAACCACCCCGACAGACCACAUUAACAGGGUGGAAGUUGGCUCAUUCAACAAGGAAUCCCCCUUCUACCAGAUGAACUUAAAUGACUUGAAACCCUUUGCUUACCUAGAGGUCAGGCUAUUGGACACAUACCAAUUGAUCGGAGAAGAAUGUUCUGAAGAAAACAAACAAACUGAAGAGACGGAAAUACCGCAACAUGACGACACAGUCGAAGAAACUGAAGAGUAUCCUCGAUUAGGAGAGUCUAAACAGAGAGUGACUUGCAUGGAAAAUUGGGGGGAAUGGUCACAGUGCAUCCCCUACUACGGAUCUUGUGGUAUGGGCAUCCAGACUAGAAGGAAACUUGCGAUUGAAGAGCGUUAUGCUGGACAGUUGUACAGAGAAUUCUAUGAUCGAGACAGUCUUAGCAGCGGUUGUUAUGGAGAUGAAGAUGCAACUAUGGUGCAAAAUCAAGAGUGUUAUGUUAAUUGUUAACCAUUCAUGUAAUAUUUCCCCUAUAAAAUUAAGCGAGUAAUGUGAAGGAAAAUUGUAAUAUCUUAAUAAAAGUAUAAGUAAA